GCUGGGAAAGUUGAGGCCGCGCUGCCGCCGGGUCUCCGGCCUUGAGGGCUCGGGCUCGCAGUGGCGGCGGUGGCCGCUAGAAGAGGCGGCGGGGGCGGGGGGAGAGGAGGGCCUGGGCCCGCGCUCCCCCAGCCCCAGAGAAGCAGGAGGCGGCCGCGGACGGAGAGAUUGGCCUGGGCGGUCGGACACCCCUGCGGAACCCGCUUGGGAUCAUGACCCAGGCUGGGGUCGCCGCUGCCGCCGCCACCGCGGCCGAGACCACGCAGCCAGCGGUAAGAAGAAAACAUAACUUAUAGACCAUCUUCUGGCAGAAGAUGAUAGAUUUGGAUCAGAAACGGGAGGCGUUGGAAGCCAGGAAUCAAAAGUGAAGAGAUUCUGCAAGCCCUUGGGUGAGAAAGGUUCCUAUCACUGUAACCAUGCCAGAAAUGACAGAGAAAGAGACUCCUACAAAAAAGCAGCACAGAAAGAAAAAUCGGGAGACACACAAUGCAGUGGAGAGGCAUAGAAAGAAGAAAAUCAAUGCUGGGAUAAACAGAAUAGGAGAGCUGAUUCCAUGCUCUCCUGCACUGAAACAGAGCAAGAAUAUGAUCCUGGACCAAGCCUUUAAGUACAUAACAGAAUUGAAAAGGCAGAAUGAUGAACUCCUGCUUAACGGAGGAAACAACGAACAAGCUGAAGAAAUUAAAAAGCUACGUAAACAACUGGAAGAGAUUCAAAAAGAAAAUGGCCGAUAUAUUGAAUUACUAAAAGCAAAUGACAUAUGUUUAUAUGACGACCCCACAAUCCACUGGAAAGGAAAUCUUAAAAAUUCAAAGGUCUCUGUUGUUAUUCCCAGUGACCAGGUUCAAAAAAAUAUCAUUGUUUAUUCCAAUGGGAGUCAGCCUGGUGGAAACAGCCAGGGAACAGCUGUUCAAGGGAUAACCUUUAAUGUUGGUCAUAAUUUACAAAAGCAAACUGCCAAUGUGGUGCCAGUACAGAGGACUUGCAAUCUUGUGACUCCUGUGUCUAUUUCUGGAGUUUACCCUUCUGAAAACAAGCCAUGGCAUCAGACCACGGUUUCUGCAUUGGUUGCCAACCAGCCUGUUCCUCUUUGUCUUCCUGCUGCUCUUUCUGCUCAAAGCAUUCUCGAGCUCGCCACCUCCGAAAGCGAGGUGGGUGCGCCUGGUCCCACCAGCAGCUCACUGAUCGCGGUUCCUGUUGGGCCUGAACCACCCCAGCAUCCUUCAUUGCACGCAUGUCUAAAUGAUCAAAAUUCUUCUGAAAAUAAGAAGGGGCAAGAAAGCCCCCAAGUAUUGAAGAAAACGGUCCCUUGUGCCACAAGCAUCUCCUCCAGCUGCUCAGCAACUGCCACUCAAGGACAGCCUGGAAGCGAGUCCUGCCUGAGCACACAGGAUCGCAGAAGUGAUCUUCAAACCACCCUGGUUGUGUCCGUCACCACUGCAGUCUGCUCCCAGCCUCCCAGAUCUGCCGGUGAUUCUCGUGUAGCAAGCAGUAGCAAGGGUGCAGACUCCGCAAGUGUUACCAUGGUGGUGACCCCGUCUGUCCCUGGAGGAGGGAUGACCACCAUGCCUGUAAGCACCCUUUCUUCAAACCCUAUGGACAGUGGUUGGACCCUUUCUUGUUCUUUGCCUUCUUCAGCUGUCAGUGCUUCAGAUUUGAAAAACAUGAAUAGCCUUACCCGAAUUUCCUCAGCUGGAAACACACAGACGACGUGGACUACUUUGCAACUGGCGGGAAACACUAUUCAGCCCUUAAGCCAGACACCAUCUUCUGCUGUGACCCCAGUAUUAAAUGAGUCUAGCAUUAGCCCCACGACAGCCAACCACAGUAGAUGUGUGGCUCCAGGCAUCAGCUUGAAUAAUUCCUUUCCAGCAGAGGGGCAGCCAGUUGAGCAAGUAGUUGUAACCUUGCCUUCCUGUCCACCUUUACCUAUGCAGCCACUGAUCACCCAGCCACAAGUUAAAUCUCAGCCUCCAAAAAGUAUCCUCCCAUUGAAUUCUGCCAUGCAGGUGAUUCAGAUGGCUCAGCCAGUGGGGUCGGCUGUUAACGCAGCUCCUGCUAAUCAGAAUGUUAUCAUCCUUCAACCACCCAGCACCACCCCGUGCCCAACAGUGAUGAGGGCAGAGGUUCCCAACCAAACAGGAGGUCAGCAGAUAGUCAUCAUCCAGGCAGCUAACCAGAAUACUUUGCCACUUCUCUCUGCUCCACCUCCUGGUUCUGUUCGACUCCCUGUCAAUGGAGUCAGUGCUAUUAUAGGGUCUAACAAUUCAGUGCAAAAUGUUUCCACCCCGCAGACUUUUGGAGGAAAGCACCUUGUCCAUAUAUUACCACGACCUACAUCUUUAUCAGCAUCAAAUUCCACACAAACUCUUUCUGUUACUGUAUCCAGCCAACAGCAGCCUCAAACCAUUUCUUUAAACGGACAGCUCUUUGCUUUGCAGCCUGUGAUGUCUUCAUCAGGAACUACAAAUCAAACCCCUAUGCAAAUUAUUCAGCCCACCACCAGCGAAGAUCCAAAUACCAAUGUUGCCCUGAAUACGUUUGGCGCUUUGGCCAGCCUCAAUCAAAGCAUAUCGCAGAUGGCUGGGCAAAGCUGUGUACAGUUGUCUGUUAGCCAGCCAGUCCAUCCUCAAACUGCUGCAAAUAGUCAAAUUACCCCAGCUAACUGUAUUUCAUUAACAACUGUAGCACCUCCCGUGACAACAGAUAAUUCAGCCACACUACCCAGUACUUACAACCUAGUGACUACUCCCUCAGUGAACACUGUGGCUUGUUUGCCUAUCACGAAGGCAAAAAGGUUGAAUAAGAAGCUGGGUGUCAAGAAACACUUAGCCGCUAACAAGUCAGCCUGCUCCCUGAAUCCAGUCAGAGAUGUGGGCAAGUCAGACGGCCCCAGCACUGAAGGUUCCGCAGAGCCAUCAUGUAAUGAUGAACUUCUGGAAAGCCUCCCUGGUGUGUUACCAUCUGCCACUGUGUCCCAGACAAAUAGUGUAAGUGUUUCUGGUUCACAUUCUUUGAAUGUUCUGAAUUCUGAAUCAGUGAUGCCUGAGUCUGUACCCAAAUCUAAGUCAGCCGAAGAGUCUAGCUCACCCUCCCAAGAAUCUGUAACAAGUGAACAAUUUACAAUGGCCCCAGCAAAAUCCAAAGAUUCUCUCCCCAUUUCGCAACAAGAGACAUCUCAGGAUAAGCCACCAAGUAGUUUGGCGUUGCCAGAAGCUGCCAGAUCCCACAUGUCAGCCAACAUGUUGAUUUCCUCUGCGAAUGAUGCCCCCGUUUUGGUCUCUCAGGUUUCUCAUUUGUCAUCUACCACAAGCACUACAAGUACUGACUGUGUUUCUGAGAUAGAAGUCAUUGCUGACCCUUGCAGGGUUGAGCAAGAGUCAUCAGAUACAGUACAAACCACAGGUCUCUUAAAGGGGCAAGGUUUAACUGUACUGCUGUCCGGUCUUGCUAAAGAAAAAGACCCUCAGAAAUCAUCUCUUUCAGUCCAGGUGGACCAUCCUGACUUUUCUUCAGAAAAUUCUAAAAUAGUUGAUUCAAAUGUUGAAUUGCAUCCCAAACAGGAGCUAUUACUGAUGAGCAGUGAUGAUAGAGAUCCAGGACAGCCUCAUUCCUGCAUCCCUGACCAGGAGGUUAUUAAUGGUUCUUUGCUUACCAGUAGGCAGGCUGACUCUCCUAUGUCAACCAGCUCUGGCAGCAGUCAUAGUUUCUCAGUUGCAUCUAUGCUUCCUGAAACAGCCAGAGAGGAUGUCACCAGCAAUGCAACGACUAAUACAUGUGACAGCUGUACCUUUGUGGAGCAAACUGAUAUAGUUGCUCUUGCAGCACGAGCUAUUUUUGACCAGGAGAACCUUGAGAAGAGAAGAGCUGGUACCCAGGUACCAGCUGAUAUACGGGAAGUUCCUUCAAAGCCUUCUGAAGCAUCCUCUUUAGAGGGAGACCAGCCUUUCAAAACACAGAUAUCUAAAGAGAAUGGUCCAGGACAGGCAGAAGCAACACCAAAUGAAUUUAAUUCUCAGGAUUCAAUUGAAGCCACUGUGGAUAGGCCCCUUGAAAAACCAAGUUGUUCUAUAGGAAUGAAAACAUCAAAUGCCUCUUUACAGGUUUCGACUUCCCAGCCAACAAGCAUCACCAGUUUAAGUGUGAAUAAUCUUAUCCACCAGAGUACCCUCAGCCAUCCUCUGGUCAGUUGCACUGGUUUAUCCCAAACUUCAGAACAAACAACUGUUCCUACAACAGUGAAUCUGACAGUUUCAUCUGGCUCCUACGGCAGUCAGCCUCCUGGACCAUCCCUGAUGACCGAAUACUCCCAAGAACAGCUAAGUACUAUGGCUGGUACCGUACCAAACACACCAAUUCAAGAGCCACUCUUAAAGCCAAGUCAUGAAAGCCGUAAAGACUCUGCUAAGCGUGCUGUCCAGGAUGACCUUUUACUGUCUUCAGCUAAACGUCAGAAGCAUUGUCAGCCAGCCCUCCGGCUUGAAGGUCUGUCCCUGAUGAGCCGAACUCCAGACAGCAUUUCCGAUCAAACUCAAAUGAUGGUUGGUCAGAUCCCUCCCAACUCUUCAAACUCAGUUGUGCCUAUUAGCAACCCAGCACACGGGGACGGCCUCACCCGAUUAUUUCCGCCUAGUAACAACUUUGUGACCCCCGUGUUGAGGCAGACCGAGGUUCAGUGCGGUUCGCAGGCUUCCAUUGCUGAGCAGCAGCCAGCCCAGGCUAGCCAACAUCUGCAGGCCCUGCAGCAACAUGUUCCAGCUCAAGGGGUACCUCACUUGCAUAGUAACCACCUCUACUUAAAGCAGCAGCAGCAGCAAGCAGGGCAGUUGAGAGAGAGGCAUCACUUGUAUCAGCUGCAGCGUCAUGUACCUCACGCAGAGAGCUCUGUCCACUCUCAGCCCCACAGCGUCCACCAACAGAGAACUCUGCAACAGGAAGUUCAGAUGCAAAAAAAGAGGAAUCUUAUUCAGGGCACUCAGGCCUCUCAGCUGUCUUUACAACCCAAGCAUCAUGGAACUGACCAAUCCCGACCCAAGAGUGGUCAGCCACACCCACACCAUCAGCAGAUGCAGCAACAGAUGCAGCAACACUUUGGAAGCUCCCAGGCAGAGAAGAGUUGUGAAAACCCUUCCACCAGCCGGAACCACCAGAGCCAUCUCAGUCAAGAUAUUCUGCACCAGCAGGAGGUGGGAAGCCGGCAGCAAGCUCCAGGGGUUUCUUCUGAACACGUAUCUGGGCAUAAUCCAAUGCAGAGGCUGUUGACAUCAAGAGGCAUAGAGCAGCAAAUGGCAUCCCAGCCGAGUAUUGUGACGAGACCUUCAGACAUGACCUGUGCUCCACACAGACCGGAGAGAAACAGGGUUUCUAGUUACUCUGCUGAGGCACUCAUUGGAAAAACAUCUUCUAAUUCAGAGCAGAGAAUGGGUAUAUCAAUUCAGGGUUCCAGAGUUUCAGAUCAACUUGAAAUGAGAAGCUACCUUGAUGUUCCCAGAAACAAGAGUUUAGCUGUUCAUAAUAUGCAGGGUCGUGUGGACCAUACUGCCUCAGAUAUCCGCCUUUCUGACUGUCAGACGUUUAAACCAAGUGGAGCCAGUCAGCAGACCCAGAAUAAUUUUGAAGUACAGUCUUCAAGAAAUAAUGAAAUAGGUAACCCUGUAUCAUCCUUGAGGAGUAUGCAGCCCCAAGCUUUUCGUAUUAGUCAAAACCCUGGUCCACCACCAGUCGACCGCCAAAAGCGAUUACCUUAUCCACCAGUUCAGAGCAUCCCAACAGGAAAUGCUAUCCCAACAAGGGACAAUGAAAAUACAUGUCACCAGAGUUUCAUGCAGAGUUUACUUGCCCCUCACCUGGGCGAUCAGGUCAUUGGGAGUCAGAGAUCCCUCUCAGAACAUCAGAGGAAUACACAGUGUGGUCCCUCCUCUGCAAUUGAAUAUAACUGUCCCCCGAGCCAUGAAAGUGUCCAUAUUAGAAGGGAGAGUGAGAGUCAGAGUAGGGAGAGCUGUGACAUGUCCCUGGGCGCAAUUAACACCCGGAACAGCACCUUGAAUAUUCCAUUUUCAAGUUCUUCGUCUUCAGGAGAUAUUCAAGGUCGAAACACGAGUCCCAGUGUUUCUGUACAGAAAUCCAAUCCCAUGAGGAUUACUGACAGUCAUGGGACCAAGGGCCACAUGAACCCACCAGUCACAACCAACAUGCACGGGGUUGUAAGGCCAGCUUUGCCACAUCCGUCUGUGUCUCACGGAAAUGCUGACCAAGGGCCUCCUGUACGUCAAACCAGUUCUUCAGUUCCCCAGCGAUCAAGGCAUCCAUUGCAAGACAGCAGUGGUUCCAAAAUUCGUCCACCUGAAAGGACUCGCUCUGGAAACCCAAGACAUAGCAAUGUCUUUGAUCCAAGUCUUCCUCACCUUCCUCUGUCUACUGGUGGCAGUAUGAUUCUUGGACGCCAACAACCUGCUGCAGAAAAGAGAGGAAGUAUUGUUCGUUUCAUGCCGGAUAGCCCACAAGUACCUAAUGAUAAUUCAGUGCCUGACCAGCACACGCUAUCACAAAAUUUUGGUUUUCCUUUUAUCCCUGAGGGUGGCAUGAACCCACCAAUAAAUGCUAAUGCUUCUUUCAUUCCACAGGUUACUCAGCCUAGUGCCACUCGAACCCCAGCACUCAUCCCUGUGGAUCCCCAAAAUACUCUCCCCUCCUUCUAUCCUCCAUACUCUCCUGCUCAUCCCACACUGUCCAAUGAUAUUUCAAUCCCCUAUUUUUCUAAUCAAAUGUUCUCAAAUCCCAGCACAGAGAAGGUAAACAGUGGAAGUUUGAAUAACCGAUUCGGAUCAAUUCUGUCUCCUCCCCGACCUGUUGGCUUUGCUCAACCAAGUUUUCCUCUUCUCCCUGACAUGCCCCCAAUGCACAUGACCAACUCUCACUUAUCCAAUUUUAAUAUGACAUCUUUGUUUCCAGAAAUAGCUACAGCUCUUCCUGACGGCUCAGCGAUGUCCCCUUUGCUUACGAUAGCAAACGCCUCUGCCUCAGACUCUUCCAAGCAGUCCUCCAACAGACCUGCCCACAACAUAAGCCAUAUCUUAGGUCAUGAUUGCAGUUCAGCUGUUUAAAUACAGAUUGACUAAACAUAAGUGUAACGAGUGAGAUUACAAAUGUAUCUCUGUGUGUGUUCACACAUACAUGCACAGGAAGAGAGAGGUUGUGUGAGUGUAUCUCCUUGUGUUUGUCUAAUCAGUUGCCAGUUAUCUUCUGAAUGUAGGGAAGCCAUGUCAGAGAUUAGUUGCAUACUAGGUUGUAAAAAAAAAAUUAUCUUUCAUUUUUAACUGCACAGUGUGUGCUUUAAAUUUCCCAAGCAGACUGACAUUUUCAGGUUUGAUUUUUAAUCUGACAUUCUCUAGAUACUAAUCGACUGGAAGUUGGGGGAAGUCAUCUUGGCGUGUCCUGGGUAGUAGGAAGGAACCUAGAUUUUAAAUUUGAUUGUUGGUAAUUUGUAAAAUAGAUAGUUGAGAUAGUUGAGUUGCUCUCCAACAAUACAGAAAUUUCAAUAGAACACAGUGGCUCGUAACCAAAUGCUGGCCAAGUGUAUUCUGGAACAGUCUCUUACCCAUGGCAGGUGUUGAAUUAAUGUAGAAUGAAUGUCCAUGAUUCAAGUCAAACAGUUAGCAAAUAGGUGAGUUAUUGAAUCAACCUUUAUUCCCAAGGUUUGGUUUAGGUAGAAGCUUCUUCCUUAAUUAUAACAAUUUAUAAAUUAUCUGAAUUCCGUGUCUUGUUUUCCAAAUUAGGGAACCAUCAGUUCAGUUCAGUCGCUCAGUCAUGUCCGACUCUUUGCGACCCCAUGAACCACAGCAUGCCAGGCGUCCCUCUCCAUCACCAACUCCCGGAGUUUACCCAAGCUCAUGUCCAUUGAGUUGGUGAUGCCAUCCAACCAUCUCAUCCUCUGUCAUCCCUUCUCCUCCUGCCCUCAAUCUUUCCCAGCAUCAGGGUCUUUUCAAACGAGUCAUCUCUUCGCAUCAGGUAGCCAAAGUAUUGGAGUUUCAGCUUCAACAUCAGUCCUUCCAAUGAACACCCAGGACUGAUUUCCUUCAGGAUGGACUAGUUGGAUCUCCUUGCAGUCCAAGGGACUCUCAAGAGUCUUCUCCAACACCAUAGUUCAAAAGCAUCAGUUCUUCGGCGCUCAGCUUUCUUUAUAGUCCAACUCUCACAUCCAUACAUGACUACUGGAAAAACCAUAGCCUUGACUAGAUGGACUUUUGUUGACAAAGUAAUAUCUCUGCUUUUCAAUAUGCUGUCUAGGUUGGUCAUAACUUCCAAGGAGUAAGCGUCUUUUAAUUUCAUGGCUGCAAUCACCAUCUGCAGUGAUUUUAUCCUUUAAUGUUCUAAGAUCCUGUAAAGCGAAGGUCUUCCUUAAACGAGUAGCCUUAAAAGUAGAAAGCUAAACAGCAGAGUACAUAGAUGUUUUCCAUUUUGUCCUUGCAUUUUGCAUCAGGCCAUAAGGAUGAUAGCCAGUUGUACUGUGAGGUUUUGCAUGUGUUCAGUUAAGGAUUGUUUCAUUCAUUGAGUUUUGUUGUAGAAUUCUCUCUUUGUUUUAUUUAUUUGAUCUUGAACUAGGUUCUUUGACAUUUGUUUAAUCAUUAGGGACUAAUCACUAAAUAGUGUGUUUGGAAUCUACAGUGAUUUGAGCCUUUUCAAAUAUUUCUGAACAGAGUCUUAAUCUCUGUCAGUAUUUUCACUUACUGAUAUUUAUAUUUAAGAUAUGGCAUUGUAUAUUGCAUUAUUACCCUUCAUUGUAGACUUACAAUGAGAAGAUGAGUUUGUUCAUUGCUUUUCCUCAUGGUAGAUGUGAAAUGGUGCUUCAAAAAGUUGUCUUUAUAUAAGUUCAUGUGUGUGAGUGUGUGUGUACUUGGACAUAGAUUUUAAGGUAUAAACUAUCUCUUUCAAAAUAGGCCUGCCAUCUGAAAAUAGGAAAUUGGCACCUGAGACCUGCUGAAGAGUCGGACUUGAUAUAGAGUUUUUUUUAAGCCCCACUGAAAUCAAUAAUGAAUUUUGAAUUUUAAAGAUAUAUAUUCAAAAUUCAUUUAUUGCAUUUUGAAAAUUUUAUUAAAAGUUAAGAAAACAAUUGAUGUGUACUCAUAUUUCAAGCCUGUUGCUUGUUUUUGUAUUCUGCCAAAAAUGGAAUGGAGUGGGAGAUAUAAACUGUUCUGUCUGCUCUGUUAAAAAAGUUAACCCACAGACCAGCAUUUUGGUUUUAUUCUCAUUUAAAAAAAAAAAAAAAAGAGCCUCUUAAGGCUUGGUUGGAGAAGGAAAUGGCAACCCACUCCAGUAUUCUUGCCUGGGAAAUCCCAUGGACAGAGGAGCCUAGCGUGCUACAGUCCAUGGGAUCACAAAGAGUCAGACAGGCCUGAGCAACUGAACACACGCAGAAGGCUUGGUUAGAGCAGAUAACUCUAGGGAAUACCUCUACUGCAGCAAAAGGGUCUGUAGUCUCAGCAAAAGGGUCAUCUGUACCUCUCUAGCUGUUCUCACCAAACUCCCCUGCUGCUGGCGGAGGCAGCCUCCUCGGUGCAAAAAAUAUACUGAAAACAAGGAAAAUGUCUGUAUUUUCUUCCUUCAGAAUGGUCAUGAGGAGAAAUAGGAGAGCUUCAUGAAUAAGUUACUUAAACAAGAAAACAGGUAAACAGUUAAAACGAUUAACUGAGAAAAAAUAUGACAUUUAUAACUUAAAUUAACUGAGUUUUAAGCUUUAACAUUCAAGUUUUUUCUUGUACUUGAAAGGCCUAAUCUGUCAAUUUCAAGAACUGUUCUUAGUGUGUUCGGCUAUUUAUCCUCCCUCUUUCUUUCCUACCUUCUCUUUCUCUUCCUCCUGCACACGCACACACAUGUGCACGCACGCGCGCGCGCACACACACACACACACAGAGUGGCUCUUGAGUUCUGAAAAACUGGGGACUGUUAGGUAAAAUCAGAACUAAGGUAACAGGCUAAGGAGAAACUGAAUUUGAACAUUCAGUGGAAAGGCCUCAAGCCUGGUACUUGCAGAUAUUUCUCUGUUGUCUCGAUUGUCUUUUUCUGCUAAGCUCUCUUUAGAGAUAAUAUUUACAUUCCUCAGAACUUUCAUUCCAAGCAUACAACACUUUUGAUUCCAAAUGAGUCUCUACCCCUAAGUAAGGCUUAUUUGACCAUCUGAGGAAAGAUGUGACCAUCUGCAAAUAAUUUGGCCCCUGCUUCCGUAUAGCUCUAAUUGUCUUAGAGACAUAUGCGUAUGUAUGUGUUUAUAUACAAACUCAAUUCUGAAAAUGUUCAGAGCACAGUAAUCUUACUUGAUUUAUAAGCACGAUUAUAUGAGAUUUACCAGCAGUAUUAAGUAUUUGAUAAUUAGAGCUACAUGAUUUGGGCAAGGAAAUUUAUUAUUUAAUAUAUAACAAUCUCUGGAUUUUUUUUUUGGCAAACAAAUGGCAAAGAACAUAGUUUUGGUUAUAGUAAAUUUAAUGUUAUUCAUGGUUUGCUAAUAUAUGUCUACAGAAUGUAAACAUAUUUCUACAGAUAAAUUUGUCAUUUCUAGAAACACAAACAUGUAUGAAGCAUAAGUGAAACAUUGAUUAAAUAAUUUCUCUCCUAGUGUUACUGAUCACCUGGAAUCAAUUUCAGAAAGAUGUUGAUUCCUCUAAACAUUUAACAUAGCAACUUACGAUAGGGUAAAAAAUUUCAUAUUUCUUACCAUGCAAAAAUUUCUAAUGUGUCAAUCAUGGAUAAAAGAAAUCAACUUUUAUGUCAUUUCUCUUUUUGGUACAUACAAGUUGUUUGGGGAUAUUUUAUACUAUUCCAGGAAGUUUGUUUUUGUUUUUAUGUUAAGACCUUUGGGGUGUUCCAGCAAUGGUACCCUUUUUCUAAGUAAAGAUUGUGCAUUCUAGAGUGAUCAUGCAGUAAAGGAUGCGCAUUCCAGAGUGAUCAUGCUUUAUAAGAUUUAAUGUGUCAGAACUGUGGAAAGAGAAGAAUGAGGAGGGAAUCUUCUUUUUCAGUGAUUUUCAGUCAUAUUUCAAGGUGAACUGUGAUGAAGAUUGACUUUUUAAAAUUAGCCUUCUUAAUAUACAAAUUAUUUAAAUAUUUUAAAGAUAAUUCAUUUGCCCUGCUCUUGCCUUCUAACAUUAGCCAUUUCACAGAGAGGCUGAUAUUUAUACUCCAAAAAAGUGUGGAAAUACAUUUUAAUGGGAGUGAUGAACUUGAGAAAAGGUUAAGACUCUUCUUCGCUGUAUCCUUCCUUUCAUGCAAAGUACCCUAGGCUCUUGUUUUCUUCUGUCUGCUCCAUGUCAAACAAGUGGCAGGGAACCCAGUCAUUCCUUAGCUAAAUGAUUACCCCUCUGCCUUGAAACAUUUAUUGGGCCCAGAGUCACUGUAUCCUACUCAUACUCCCAAAUCAGUGAUUCCCAAAGACCUAGCUUUGGAAAUCACUGUGUUCUAUGAAGGGGCAAAGGGAAUUCCCCAAAACAAAAGUGAUUCAAGAUUGACUGGAAAUAUUUAAUGUGCCAUAUAAUUCUGUUUUGGAGAGCUUGUUUUUUUUCCCCCAUGGAGGAGUAGAGAAAGGGCAAAAUCAGAUCGCUUUGGGUUGAUAGCCUUAGGAGCCUGGCAGUCUUUGUUCUAAUUCUGCUCUCUCUAAAUCUGCCUUUGUUGAUCACCUAUGGCUGUGUACUUCUAGAGGGCAAUAAUAGUAAGUGAUGAUUUCUGAUAUACUUAUGCAAAUUAAAGGCCAGAAAUUAGUUUCUUCUCUGAUAACUUUUUGGCUGAAUGAAACCAUUUCUCCUUCCCAUGUGAGUUCAACAGGAAAGGGUCCUUUUUGACUUAAUCAUAUUCUCCCUGUAUUCUACACUUCUGUGUGAGCCCUAAGAGUGUUUCUACUGGAGUCUGUGGGGGUCAUCAAGUUCAGAUUGUGGUGUUCUGGGAAGAAGUGUUGAGGACCUUCUUAGACACAGAACUUCUAGUUGUGCCCACAUGCCUCUACCCGGAAACUGCACUUUAUCUGCAACUGUGCCUCUGGUCUUAGGACCAGCCAUUGGAACAUACCACUCACCCACUCCUCUGUUACGGCAAAGGACCAGCCUGGUACAUGCUGUGUAAUCAAACACCUAGAUGACAGAUACAACUGACGUCUCUCACUGUUGCCUUAUCAUUCUCUGAGCCAUCUUUAAUGCUGAUCUUAUUUAAAAAAAAAAAUUUACUAGUUAGAUGCAAGACUCGUUUUAAACUCAGAGCUUGUAUGUGGUGGCCAUUCAAUAUUCUUAUUUCUAGAUUUGCACAAACUUGGUCAACUGUAGUCUUUUUUCUGGUGCACGAGUGUGUUCAGAUGCUUCAUAAACAUGAGCCUACCCGGGUUGAAAAUAUUGGGGAUAAUAUUGAAAGUGGUGUUAUUUUGGAUGAUUGCAUAAUCUGUCACUAGGGAUUUCAUGAGACAUAGAAGAUAAGUCUUCAUUUGUAAUUUGACAUUUUAAAAAAAUCAUGAGUUCUUUUUUUUCCCUCAAUUGUUAUGUACAGGUAUACACCAUACUAUGUCAUAGGAACUUAAAGUUUACUCCAUGUCAAUCCCCUCUUCACUUUUCUAGAUCUCUGUUCCCCCACCCCCUAAGUCUUAAAACCGUUUUUUAUCUGUGAGGUCACUGAGGCACUGGAUUUGACUAUAUUGGUAACUUUUAGGGGGAACUGAACUGUUGAUCUUCCAAAAGAAAGGGACCAGACAGUGUUGCUUAAAAUGCUGCAGUUGUGUUACUGUGAAGAAAAGAUUUGCUUCCACUUUCAACAGGAGAUAUAUAUAUAUAUAUGCACACACGUACACACACAUAUACACAUAUAUAUUCAUUUCAGUAAAAGUGGGUGGAAAAAUCUGAGAACAUAGUUACCUUCACACAUUAUUGAUAGAUACACUGGGUGAGAAGCUUACUGUAGGGCAGUCACCAGAAAAAAAUCUAACUCUAGUGCUUUCAGUAUUUGUAAUAUUUGUAUCUAUUCCCAUGCCAGCAAUGUCUGCUGUGCACUGUGUCCUAUUACUGUAAAUCACCUGGUUUAUAAUUCUAAUGGGAACUAAUUUGUUUUGUAAUGAAUUCAGAGGAGAUACGUAUAAUAUGGCCGGGAUUGUCCUACAGUUGUAAAUAAGAAUAGGUCCUGUUUAUUUUGACAUCUUUUUACAAAUGCAUUGUAUUAGGGUGUGAAUAUUCUGAACCAUGCUCUUGUUUAAAGUUUUGAAAUUUUUAUUGGUAAAUGUAACAUUUUAAUGGUUGUAAUAAUUAUUUGUAUAGAUAUGAAUAUAGUAUUUUAUUUAAGAAAA